CAGAGCUGCAGCCUUCAGGAAGUGUCCUCACAUCAGCUGAGCGGGGCUGUCACGGGUCGGCUGACAGCAGACUGACCGCCGACUUUCUCCCCCCCCAAAAAUACCGCAACAGAUCCAGGGAUGUAAGGGAGGUUUGGUGUGGUUUUACAGGCGGUAAAGCUUCAAUCUGUGUCCGUCUAUCUGUUGUGUUGGAUCACCAGCGAAGAUGCCUCUGAUACCCGUUGUGCCAGAGAACCACAGUCACGUCCUGGCAGAGUUCGACUGCCUCGAUCCACUUCUCUCUGCGCUGCGCUUAGACUCCGGCAGGCUCAAGUGCACCUGUUUGGCAGUGUCGAGGAAGUGGCUUGCAUUGGGAACAUCGGCAGGAGGUUUACACCUGAUUCAGAGGGAAGGCUGGAAACAAAGACUCAUCCUUACUCACAAAGAGGGGUCUAUCACUCAGGUGGCAUGUUGCCCUCAUGAUGAAGAUUUUAUUGCUGUUUCAACGAGUCAGGGUCUGGUGGCGGUGUGGGAGCUGCAGCUGGAGCGGCGAGGUCGUCCAGAGAGAGUCAGUGUGUCCUGGGAGCACCGAGGUCAGAGCAUCACUGCGCUCUGCUGGGAUACCAGCACGCUCAGAGUUUUCGUCGGGGACUCUGGAGGGAAGGUGUCAUUCCUCCGUGCAGGGUCCUCUAAGUUGGGCAAGGGGUCAGCAUUCGUCAUCUUCCCUGUCCAGACUGUCACCACUGUUGACUCCAGAGUAGUUCAGCUUGGGUACCAAGAUGGCCGCCUGCUUGUGUCUUCCCUGAGCCGCUGCUACCUCUGUGACACUGACAGAGAGAAGUUCUGGCGUGUUGGAAACAAGGAACGUGACGGGGAAUAUGGAGCUUGCUUUUUCCCUCAGAACAAGGGGUUAUUAUUGGGUCAGCCCCCGCUGCUGUACUGUGCCCGGCCAGGUUCUCGAAUAUGGGAGGCCAGUUUUAAUGGCGAGGUCCUGAGCACCCAUCAGUUCAAACAGCUGCUGGCUUGUCCUCCACUACCUCUCAUCACUUACAGAAACGAGCCAAAUUACAAUCCAAUGCACAAGAGUCCACAGUCAGUCGCCUUCCCUAAACUGCUUUAUUUAGGAGACCAAAACCUGUUGACCUGGACUGAAUCAGCUAUUUACAUCUUCACACCUCAGAAUGGACAAGUACUUCUGUGGAGUGAAGUUAAAGAUUUGGUUGAUGUCGCAGUCUACCGCAGUGAGCUCUUCUGUCUCCAUGGCAGCGGGCAUCUGUCCCACCUCUCCUUGUUAUCUGCAGAGCGCUGCGUUGAGCGUCUGUUGCGUAGAGAGUCCUGGUCUCUAGCUGCUGCUGUCUGCUGUAUGUUCCAGCACGCAGUCACCAUCAGCAGGGCCAGGAAGUCAGUUCCCAUUGACCGCCUUGAACACCUAAGAUCUCAGCUCAGUUCCAGCACAGACCUGGAGCUGAUUGGCCAGCUGGAGGAAGUCAUCUCAAAGCUCGAGCCUCUGGACUCUGCCUCCAGCAGCCGAAGAAGCAGCAUCUCCUCACAUGAGAGUUUCAACGUCCUGGACUGUGGAAUCUAUCGUGUGAUCAGUCGCAGGGGAAGCCAGUCAGAUGAGGAAACAGGCUCCCUCAUCAAUCCAUCCACAUCAGAGGAGGAGAGGCUCAAGGAAUUUAGUUUUGUGCAGGAGGAUGAUCAGGGAGAUCAUGAUCCACAGAGCAGUGAACGAAUGGAGGCAGAACGAUCUGAUCAGGGCCUGCAGUUCCAUCUCCCGCUCUCAUUCCGUCCCAAACCCCCCCGCAUCGCACUGCAGGCCGUCAAAGACAGUGUGUCUAGUUUCGUUAAGAAGACAACAGAGAAAAUCAACACCCUCCAGAUGAACUCGGAGCUCUUUCAGCGUCCUGAAUUCAGGGAGGGCGGACAGGCGGAAAUCUCAGCCACUGCAAGUCCAUACUCAGAGGAAAUGGAGAACGAAGUUUAUGAUGAAAUAUCCAACACCGAAGCCGACAUGCAGGAACUUCGAUUGGCAACAGAGCGAGCCAUCUCACAGAUACAAGAUCCUUUGGUGCUACUAGAUCCAGUCUGCCUGGGAGAAGCUCUGCUGGAUUGGCUGCCGACGCUGGAGCGAAUACUCGGACCUGCAGAGCCCGGGUCAGCUGCUGCAACUUCAAGCAUGGAUGGGCCAGAAGAGGAGAGGGAUUAUAUAAACACCAGCUCAGAGCAGCAAGAGGAGUCUACCUGCUCAUUAGAAGAACCCACAGAGAUUGUGACAGAGGAGAAGAAAGAGACCUGUGAGCUUGGACAAAAAGAGGGCCAGUGUGAGAACCAGAUGACAGCAGACUCAGCUGAAAACGUUGUUUCAAAUGGGAGCCCUCCAGAGCCUGUCCGAGUGGCGUCCCCUAAACCUGUUCCACCAGAUCUACUAACUAAUCUCACCGAGCUGGCCACACUGUACACGGAGCUGAGCUGCUUUAGAAACCAGAACGAACAAACGCUGGGUUGCCUGACUUUCCUGCGCCGUUACUUCUUUCUGCUGGACCAGGAGCGCGUGAGGAGAAUGUGUCUGCUGUGUUAUCAGGAGCAGCCAGAGAUGAAGAGCUCCUUCAUGGAGGCCAUGCUAGAGCGCACUCAGUCCAGCAAGGUGGUGGAAGUUUUUCAACGAGGCGAUUUGCUGAGAUCUCUGAGAAGUCUGAGAGAGCUGCAGCCCUGGAGUGCUCCUCCCCUCCUGGCUCACCUGCACAGGCUGUAUGAGAAGCACGGGGAGGCAGCGGUACGAUCUUUUUCCCAGUUCUACCCCACAAUAACUCCUGCUGAUGUAAUGACCAUGGCUCAGCAAAGCCACUUCCUGGCAUACCUGGAUAAUCUGGUACAGUCACGAGCUGAGGAGCACAGGUUAUCAUUUCUGCAAUCCCUUCUUGAAUCAGAAUCUCUGAGACAGGAUUGGCUGGAGCUCGCUCUUACCCAUGAUGCUCCUCAGCACUGUGAUACUAUGACUCCUGAUGGACAACCCAGGUGGCAUUCACAUUGUUUCAGUUGGGGUUAUGGUCGUCUUCUGGCUCUGCUGAUUCGUCUUCCUGCAGACUUUUCCUCGAAGCAGAAGAUGGCAGAGACUUGCCGCAGUCACGGGUACUGGACCGGUUACCUCUACCUUUGCAGUGAGCUGCAGCGUCGCACGGAAGCGUUUUCCACCAUCUGUCAGCUGGAUGACAUCAGCCUGCUGGAGGAACCCGAUGGUGUUGAGCCACAGACCUUGGAUGAAUGGAAGCUCCUGAUCCAGCUGUCGCAGCAGUGCAGCCAUGCAGCAGACUCAGAGCAGGUCACAGGUGUGAAUGGGAGCAGCUGGUCCAACGGCUCAGCAGACUGCGGAGGAAAGAUCAGCCCCGAGAAUCUGACCCUGAUGCUGGCUCGGACCGCCGGGCCUGACCGAGCUCUGGAGGUCCUGGAGGAUUGUGGAGUGCAGCUGGUUCUCUCGCCUCAUUCCAGACUGGUCUGUGAGCUGCUGAGAGUCACUGAGAAGAGGCAGAGGGCGAUGAUCCAGACGAUGCUGGAGCGCUGCGAUCGGUUCCUGUGGUCUCAACAUGCGUAAUGAUACAUCACACUCUGUGGACAGAAGCCGCUCUGAAAUGAAAUAACACAACUAACACUUCAUGUAAGUCUUCCCACUAACUGCUGUCGAGGCUGUGACUUCAUUUAAACACUGUGAUACUUGUCAAAGCUUCCCAGCUUACGUGAAGGUAUUUACCGUCUAGUGAAAACAGUAUUAUCUGUUUAACUUGUCUACAGUUCAUUAACUUGACAAUUUUAUCAGUAUUCAGGUGUUUGUACACCUUACAGAUUUUUUUUUUAUAAUUUAGGUGAAUUCUUUUUGCAUGUGCAGGUAAUAAAAUAUCUCAUGUCCUUUAUCUUUGUAGUUAAAGGCCAAAUCAAUCAGUAAAUUUUACCGCUGUGACAAACAAUAAACUGGCAAUAAUAACAGUGUAAUAUUCUAACGAGGUAAUAUUAUGUCAAUAAAAGCUGUCUCUUUGGAACCUGUUA